GCGGGCUCCGGGGUCGCGCGGAGCGCCUCUCGUCGCGACCGUUUCCGUGCGGCCCUCGCGGACCCGCGUCCCUCCGCCCCGCGGGCGAUGGACGCGUCGCGGGGCUUCUUCGGCAAACUGCGCUCCCUGGCCCUCACGCUAGAGAAGGAGGCGAAGCAGCUGGAGCGGGCGCUGCGCGGGGAGGACGCGGACUAUGAAGAGGAAUCUCCAAUGAGAGUUUUGCACGACCUACACUGCGAAAUCAGGGCUCUGAAGGAAGAUGCUAAUGGUGCUCUUGGCAAGAGUUCCUCUGAAAGGCAAGAAAUUAAUGACUUUAUGAAGGCAAGUGAGAUACUGAUGCAAAGAAAUGCAGCGGAUCUCGCAAAAAUAAGAGAGCUAUUCCAGAAAUACGGCUACAAACCACUCGUCAAAGUCCCUACAGAGGAGCAGGAAGAGGAGGCGAAUGGUGAUUCGAAGGCAUCUGACCAGAGUAAAUCUGAUCAGGAAGAAGCAGAUGAUGUACCUCCUCUUCCUGCCUGUGCUGAGAACCCACCUGUGCCCAGAGACCCGCUGCGGAACCCCCAGCUUUCUGAUUUCGGCCUAUCACAGUAUGCUUUCUCCAGGCCAUGGAGUGCAUUACAUGGACAACAACGUGCAGCAAAUGCCAGUCAAGAAAAUGCAAAGCACAAAACUCCCCAAAAAACGCAGGCCCCUUGUGUUCUGCCCAAAACACCCAAAUGCAUGCUAAAGAUGGACGACUUUGAGUGCGUAACACCAAAACUGGAACACUUUGGCAUUAGUGAACACACCAUGUGUAUGAAUGAAGAUUACACCAUGGCACUUAUUCAUAAAACUGCUCAGUCAAACAACUUAGUUAAAAAAGGUGAUGAUGAAGUGAAUGUAGCAAAAAUGCCAUCCAGGGAAAUAGCAGUUACUCCUGAGCCGAAAACAAAAGCAACAGAUGAGAACUCUGACUGUAUGGCUUCUCCUAUGAUACCCGUGUUCUGCACACCUGGUGUGAAAAUCCCUUCCCGGGCAGACAGUACAGAGUUAGCCAAGUCACCAGAAAGAGACAAACUGCCUCUUCCCAGCCAUGCAGCAACGCCGCCACCUCCGGAUUUUGAAGCCAGAUGGCUGAAAAGAGAACUUAUGGAAAUGCAAGAGAAGAUCAUGUUGGUGACCGAAAACAGUGCAACAGAACAACAAAACAUAGAAGACAGUGUUCCUUCUGCUGUGAGCUCUGAUGAGUAUCUCAAGCGUUUGGGGAACCCAUCUCCUCCCAAAAUAAAACAGUACGACCAUUUACUCAGCACUCCUCCACCUCCAGAAAUAACAAGGAUACCAGAUGAUGUACUACAGAUUCUGUCAAAGUAUAACCAUAACGUAGACUCUUCUAUAUCUAAGAAAAUGGAGACUAAGGCAGGAGAUGCUGCAAGAUUUGGAAGUGAUUUCAGUGACUACUGCAACAAAGAGAACAGAGGAUAUCCUGAUUUUUUCAAGUCAGACAUUUGAAAUCAAGCUGAAGACUAUUUCACAUUCAUGGAUCUUAUCACUGAACCAUAGAGAGCUCAAAAAGCAAAAAAGAAAUACUGGGAGGAAGGACCCACAAAAGGAAAAUCUUUUUUUUUCUGGAGAAAACUUGAUGUGUAUUAACUUGCUUGAACUAACAAUUCUGUCGUUUAAUUUUUUCAUUAAAAUUAGUAGCAAAAUAGGUCGGGUUUUGGUUGUUGUUGUUCUAAUAUUGCUUCACGGGGGACUACAGUCAUGUAUUAUAUGAUGUAAUACUUCAGUUGUUUCACUUGAUUCUUGUGUUUGUUGUCUGUGUUCAGAUGCAAUGGUCUGUAGAGAAGUGUAAUUAAACUGCAAGAGAAGGGAAGUCCGUUAUGCUGCCCAGAAAGCAGACAUCUCUAGGCAGUCUGCUGACACUGCCUGUUUCAGGGCAGAGUUUGAAGUGCAGUACUUGGACAUGUCACAUAAAAAGGAGUUCUGUUGAAGACGAGUAAUUCCUGCCUUACUGUUUUAAAGCAGCUCCAGGACAUCUAUCCCUUCUGCAGUACUAAGACAUAUCAAACAGGUAUUCCUUCCUCAUGCUGUCACCUGGCUGAUAGACAGGCUUCUUCAAUUGCAGUUUUCCUGCUUAGGCAUCAUAUUAAGUAUCAGGCACCCAUUUUCCUUUUAGUACCCUAAUACCUACAGCCCUAGAAUGUUACUAUCUUGAAUGUGAAGUAAUUGCACAGUAUA